AAAAAAUUUAGGAAAGAAGAGAAAAGACGAAGACGGCGCGACGCCGAGGAGUAAGAGCGGCGACACGAGCGACCUUCUCGACACUCCUUGUUGGAGCUUCGCUGAAACUAGCAAGAAAUGGAAGAUUGCAAAAAAAGCCUUUCGGACAGUUUAUCGUGCACGGAUGAGAACCAUACGAUAGUUCUUAAGCUCCCUGAAAGCGACACUCUAUUUGACAAAAAGAAGAAAUUACUGCAAAGCAAGGGAUACGAUGUGGAAGUGCAUAUACAGCUCAAGAAUGCUUCGCAUCCCAAUUGGGCGUGCAUUACUGCUGAAUCAAUUCUGCCAAUAUCAAGAAUUAUACACCUGGAUGAGGCUGAACUCUAUUUUCGUGAGGAUGAUAGCUGUUCACCCAUGGGAUACUACACCCAGAAAAAUGAACUGGAAGCUCUAAAUUCGAUGCUUUGUAAUGUCAAUAGCUCAUUUCUGGAUGAUACUUCCUCUCACGAGGACGUCCUGCAAGAUUUGCGGGAAGCAAUUAUUCAGCUGAUGUUUGACUUUGGGCAUAAGAACAUUACAGAAACCUCGGUCAUCAACUCCCAGAAUUGUGAUAGGGAAAACUUUCUAUUACAGUGGGGUGAAAAAAGCGGUGUAAAAAACAGGUUGCAGAUAGCUUAUAUUGAGGGGUUUGGAAGGGGGGCCGUUGCUGUCACAGAUCUAAAAGUCGGAGAUAUUGCUUUAGAGAUUCCCGUCUCUGCUGUUAUUAGUGAGGAUGCUAUGAAGAAGUCAGACAUGUUUCCUGUGUUGGAAAAAGUUGAUGGCAUUUCAACAGACACAAUGCUGUUACUGUGGAGUAUGAAGGAGAGAUACAAUUCUUCUUCAACAUUCAAGAAUUACUUUGACACAUUGCCGGAAGAAUUUAAUACAGGAUUGAGCUUCGGCGUCGAUGCAAUUGUAGCUUUGGAUGGGACGCUGUUGUUAGAAGAACUGAUCCAAGCAAAAGAGCAUUUGAGGAAUCAAUAUGACGAACUUUUUCCUGCAUUAUGCGAAGAACACCCUGACAUAUUUCCCCCAGAGCUUUAUACGUGGGAACAAUUUUUAUGGGCUUGCGAACUUUGGUAUUCUAACAGCAUGAAGAUUCAGUUUGCUGAUGGAGCACUCAGGACUUGCCUAAUCCCCAUUGCUGGAUUUCUUAACCAUUCGCUGUAUCCACAUAUCACACAGUAUGGCAAAGUUGAUUCUGCAGCAAACACAUUGAAGUUUCGCAUGUCUAGACCAUGUCAUGCAGGAGAACAGUGCUACCUUAGUUAUGGGAACUUCUCCAGUUCGCAUCUAAUUACCUUUUAUGGAUUCAUGCCUAAAAUGGAAAACCCGUAUGACGUCAUCCAACUGGAUAUAGACAGUUCUCAGGAUGUUUGUUCUGAUGAAUUUGAUGUGUCCAGUGGGACAACUCAUAUGGUGAGGGGUACUUGGUUUUCAGACGACCAUAGCAUCUUCCAUUAUGGCUUGCCAGCUCCAUUGCUGAACCAUCUUAGAAGAGCUCGGAAACAUUUCCUGGAUGCUGUUUCUCCUCUGCAGGAGAAGCUAAAGAUAGAAAUUGAGAUUCUUGAGGACCUCUGCUCGACUUUCAGUGGGAUGAUGGAAAACCUCGGUGAAAUGGAUAGCGAGUCCAGGGAGAACAUGGAGUGGGACGUGAAGCUUGCAGCGGAGUACAAAAAUCUUCAAAGGAGGAUAAUUUCCUCGAUUUUGAGCUCAUGUUAUGCUGGUCGCAAGUUGGUCGAGGACGAACUUUGUAAGUCGAUGGCCAAGGACGACGGCAGCCCUAGUUAAUGGAAAGAGGUCGCUUGAAAGUGUCGCUACAAAUCAAACCUCGUCUUCUUACCUAGGAAGAUCAGAGGCUGGAACCUAAGAGGCUGACCUUGAGAGGAAGUGGCAAUGAUCAUCUCAUGUCUCAUGCCUCGUACAUUCAUUGUUUGGCAAACCUUGAGAGCUACCCAGUAUCAAGUGUCUUGAGCAGUAAAAUCUUGCAUUCGGAACUCGUAGUCAGCACGAAGUGCCAAAGUUUGGCAAUGUUCUCGAGUCGUCUGGUAAAUGAAGAUAUGCUGCUUGUGAGGUUUUCAUCUGUAAAAGUCCAUAGUUUUCGGUGACUGUAAAAUGAGCAGCAUAUGCAAUCAGCGAAUCCGAAAGGAACUCGCGUUCGCCAGUUUCGUCCCUCCUCUCCAAGUGCUCGAGUUUAAAAAUUGUAACCCCAGACCCAUGUGAAGAUCUCUCUCUCGACUCUUGAGCGAAGCGUUCCUCGAUUAUCAUCACCAUGGAUGUUCUCUUUCCCGACCGAAGAAUAUUGCCUCGAAUCAUUUCUUGAAUGGUCGACGACAAAACUAAGGCAGUGCUCUUGACACGGGAAGUCUGAAGAUUGUGCAGGUUAGGACAAAGAAAUGCAGGGGAGACAUUGCCGAAAA